AUGCGAAGGAAGUAUAGGUUGGGCGAUGGACUGCUGACCACGGCGUACCUAGAAGCCAUGAGCAGGGACGACUUUACCACGGUGGGGGCGUUUGUGCAAGAAUUUAAGAAGAAGGCGAGAAAAGUUCACGGCAUCUCAGAGGAAGCCCAAUGUGCUAUCUUUCUGGGGCUGCUCACCGCCGCGGAGGCUGCAGAACUAACAAUCCAUGGAGGAGGAAGCGAGAAACUUACAUGGGCCACUGUCGAUAAGGGUGUGGCAGAAGGAAGCUUGAACGAGGUGGAACAACACCAGAUGCGCCUGCAAAGGCGUAAGAGGAAGGAGAGGGAUGCCACAGUGUCCGGAACCCCGGGAGUGAGAAGGAUUGUCACUGACGUGCUGGCGGAAUUGGGUUAUGGGAAAGAUGGGGGAAGGCCGGCGCAGGCGGCUCGUACCCGAGGUCAGGCUAAAACUGGUGCAAGCCAAGAGCCUCCUCGAAAAGAACCUGAACCAGAGAAGAGAAAGGAAGCAGUAGAAGUGCAGGAUGAUGACGAGGAGGAAGAAGAGGAUGAAAGGCUGCGCCAAAAGGAAGAUCAGAGGGCGGAACAGAGGGCUACAAAGAGACAGGUCAGGGAAGAAGUCGAGUCAAUCCUGCGCGAUGUGCCGCCCAAGAAGAAAAAGUAUGCGGUUCGGUUGGAAGAAGGGUUCAACGUGGAGAGGGUGAUUGAUAGAUUGUUGGAGGGUCACAACGACCGUAUGACCCUAAAGGAGAUUUUGGCGUCGACACCUAAGCUUCGUGACGGGCUCAAAGAGAGAUUGUCGCGACGCUUGGUGCCCAGCGUCCAUCUAAGUAUGAUCCUGCCUAAGGAAGCUGAGUGGGCGGAAACGGGGACGAAGAUGGACUGGAAGUGCGUAGCUUGUGGCACAGUGCAUCUGGUGGUAAAAGACUCCAAGUGCUCAGCCAUGGUGGAUACGGGAGCUGAGAUGAACAUUAUCCGGGAGGCUGACGCGAUCAGGUUCGGAUUAGAGAUAGACCGCUCGGAUUGCGGUGUCCUACAUGGAGCCAACUGUAAAGCGGUGUUUUGUGGGACAGCCUCGAAUGUACUUAUCGAGGUUGGAAGGGUAAAGGAAAGAGCAUUGAUGAUAGAGCUAAUGAAGAAGAGUCAUCGCGCCUAUGCGUUUAGUGACGAGGAGCGCGGCAGGUUGGAUGUGGAUAUAAUUCCUAUGAUCCGCAUCCAUACCGUGUCGCACGAGCCAUGGAACUUGAGAAGGGCGCGAUAUCUUAAUCCUGACGAAGAGAAGAAGGUGGUUGAUUACCUCGACGACAGGCCGGUGACGACAAUGCAUACGCCUCGAGGGCUGAUCCAUAUGAAUGUGGCUCCGCAAGGGUGGACCAACGCGGUAGCAAUGGUUCAACGGGCGAUGAUUCGAGCUAUGCAAUCAGUCAGCCCGCACAUCACACAGUCGUAUAUCGAUGACUUAGCGGUGAAGGGGCCAAUGGUGAAGGAGAACGGCGAAGUCCUGCCAGGAAUGAGGCGCUUUGUCUGGAAACAUAUUCAGGACCUUGAUAAAGUCUUGAACCUGCUUGAAGAGCAUAAUCUCACUGCAAGUGGGGCCACAUCCAGACACUGCAUGAAGGAAGCUACCAUCUUGGGGUUCGUCUGUACUGAGAAGGGCCGUCGGCCGGACGUAAAGAAGACGGACAAGAUUAUUGAGUGGCCAGUACCAUUCCGGUCAAUAACUGAUGUUAGAAGCUUCCUCGACACUUGGGGAUUUUGGAGGGCGUUCAUCAAAAAUUUCCCUGCAAAGACUGAACUCCUGAGAAAAUUGGUUCAUAAGGAUCAGGAAUGGGUCUGGGGUGAAGAGCAGGAGAAAGUGGUGGCAAAAAUGAAGGAAGAGUUCAGAGAAGGAGGGAGGUACAUAUUGAAAGUGGACCCGACUGCUCUGGCCUAUUCCCUAAGGAAUUACGUUCCAUCAGAUCUGACAGUUGCCAGAUGGCUAACGUACAUCUGGAUGUUUAAUUUCGAGUUGGAAUGGAUUCCAAGAAAUAAGAACAGAGCGGACGGGCUGAGCCAUAUCAACUGGGACAAGCAAGAGGGGGAGGCGGUAGAGAACACGCCCCUAGUCGAUAGCUUCUUAGAUCAGGAAGCUAUCAUAUCUGGCUGCGUUGGCGAUCAUAUAUGGCGUGCGCCAAGUGAGUAUGAACGGAAGGCAGAGCUGGUUCUCAAGCCUUUCGAAGAGGAAGAUCCAUGGGGCGGCAGAGAUGUCCAAUUGAUGAUGAAGUUGGCGCUGGCGGGCACUCAUAGUCUGGUAGAGAAAGUGAGAACAAUAGAGGAAGGACCAAAUUGGGUAGAGAAGCAGAACAAGUGGAUGGGGGGAAUGUAUUUUCUCGUCAAUACACUUCUGCAGGGAGACCUUGAUCAGAUAGGCUCGGUGAACCCGGCUGAGAAUGAGAAGGUGUUGUCGGAGAGCCAGGAUGACGAGUUUCAGGAGGGAGAAAUCAAAGAGGCAUUCCGUGCAGAGGAGUAUGAUGGGAUCUACCUGGAACUGGGACUUCUUCUGUCAUGCGAAAUGCGGAAUAGAGAUGUCAGCGAUAGGGCACAAGCGAUUGAAGAGCUAAAUGGGACGGAAUGGAAGGAGUGGGUGUCGGGAACGAGACUGAAGAAGUUUAUGGCGAGAGAGGAGGUGCGACUUUACGAAGACAGCCAUAUCAAGAGGAGGGAGGGGGACGCGAUCGCCAUGAAGGCCGUUGGGGGCAUCAGGAGGGCGAUUGAGAGGCUGAGAGGGGUCGGCAGGUUCGCGGAGCCCAUUGCACAGAUUCGUAGGGACGCAAGGAUGAGGCCGGAGGUGGAGGCGAGGAUGCAGGAACUACAACCAUCACAUGUGGGACCUGACGGCAGACUGAUUCGCCUGGAGAUCGGGAAUGCAGAGGAGUUCAUUCCCGCCUUCGAGAAGUUCAUGCAUGGUCAGGAGGAGGCAAGCCUAUUUUCACCUGAGCAGAGGAUAGAGGAGCCUCCUGAAGGAGAGAUGGGGAUUGCGGUAGAGGGCGUCUUCGAGGGCAGGCCCCAGAGGUUGGGCACGCCCGAGUAUAGGCCAGAGGGAGUUGGGUUGCGACCAGGACCUAGUACUCAGGAGUUGGGGACAGGAAAUGCGGAGUCUAUGGACGUGCCUCAAAGUUACUAGCUGGGCAGAGAGACCAGCGGGGCACCAUCGUCACCAGGGUCU